GCGAUGGUCACACUGUUUUUGAUGCAAAAUAAAAUAAUGACGCUGACAUAGAAUCGGAUCUAGGGAACGUAUGAUGGAUAACAAUGUAGAGCAAUUAGCAGCAAAGAGCCAAACUGAACUAGCCGAGUCCACAGCAGCAGCAACAGGAACACCAGGAGCAGGUGGAGCAGUAGUAACCGUGGCAAGUGGAGCCGGACCAACGCCCGGCGCAAACUCCUCGACCUUUUGGAAAAACAGCGGACGUCGAGUGCCCGGACGGCCGAGUCCCAAGCGGGAGCUCGAGAAGGCGGCGGCAGUUGGGGUAGCGGUCGGUCGCGGCGCUGCCCCCGGAUCUGGCAUGGUGUCCACCUUCACCGAGUACCAGAAGUCGGUGAGCGAUGCCUGGGACAUGGGUGACGACGAGUUCUGCAUCAUCAGCAGCACGGAGGCGGCUGCCGCGGCCGUUGGAGCUGGCGGUGAUGCUGCUCAUUUCUCCCGGCAAGUGUCACAGACGGUGGCUCUCAACGUGAUCGAGACGCACUCUCGAAGCAACCAGAACCAUAAUGCAUCCCGGUCAGCAAACGAAAGUAGCGCAGAUGUGGUCCCAGUCAGCAGUAGCUCGACGGACGACUGCAAGGAAGACCGCAGAUCUCUGCCGGACAGUAACGAAAACAGAUCUAGAUUGAGGAACUACCCGGGCAGACCGCAAUUGCAGAAGAUAAGCUCGAAUUGCCAGGACAGCGAGUACGAAACGAAAAUUGAAAAAUUCCAAGUGGUGCUAGACUCGCCUCAACUGGACUUGGUGGCUCUCAAGAAGAUCAGCUGGUCUGGUGUGCCUCGGAAGAUGCGCGCUGUCAGCUGGCGACUCCUUUCGAAGUAUCUUCCGCCUUCAAGUGAGCGAAGGAUGGCGGUGCUGGAGAGCAAGCGGCAGGGCUACCAGGACCUCAGGCACAACUACUUCCGGGUGGAUAGCCAGGAUGAGACGCAACAGGACACAUACCGCCAGAUCCACAUCGAUGUGCCACGAAUGAACCCCCAGAUUCCGCUCUUCCAGCAGCAGCUUGUCCAGGAGAUGUUCGAGCGCAUUCUCUUUAUCUGGGCCAUUCGCCAUCCUGCCUCCGGCUACGUGCAGGGCAUCAACGACCUGGUCACGCCCUUCUUUAUCGUCUUUCUACAGGAGGCCUUGACGCCGAAUACGGAUCUCGAAAAGUACGACAUGUCCACGCUGCCCGAGGAGACUCGAAACAUUAUCGAGGCGGACUCGUUUUGGUGCUUAUCUAAGUUUCUCGACUGCAUUCAGGAUAACUACAUCUUUGCCCAGCUGGGCAUACAGGAGAAGGUUAACCAACUCAAGGAUCUGAUACAGCGCAUUGACGUGAACUUACAUCGUCAUCUACAGGCACAUGGUGUCGACUACUUGCAAUUCUCAUUUCGCUGGAUGAACAAUCUGCUGACACGCGAGCUGCCGCUGCACUGCACCAUCCGAUUGUGGGACACAUAUCUCGCAGAGUCCGACGGCUUCGCCCUGUUCCACUUGUACGUGUGCGCGGCAUUUCUUCUGCACUGGAAGGAGCAGCUGAUGCAACAAAACGAUUUCCAGGGUCUCAUGUUGCUGCUACAAAAUCUGCCAACACACAACUGGUCCGAUCGACAAAUCAACGUUCUGCUGGCCGAGGCAUUCCGCCUGAAGUUCACGUAUGCGGAUGCGCCCAAGCAUUUGGAGACGAAGAGUUGACAAAAGCAACACAAACAACGCAUAUACGUAACUUAGAAGUUAGUUUAUUACGAUUUGCGGAAUAUACCUACACAAUACACGUACGCUACAUACAUCUAAUAAUUAUAUACAAUUUGUUAUUUAGA